UGACGGAGGCACGCUGGGGGGUGACCUCACCCUCCAACAUGGCGGCGGCGGUAGAUUAGGGCUCUGGGUCGAAGCAACCUCCGCCACUGUGGGACCAGGUUGAAAGCAACUGCCGCCGCCGCCACCGCCGCCUCUUUCAUCUCUUCUGGGGCAGGGGCCAGGGCCAGGUUUUACACACCUGUGAGUAGACCUUUUUGGAGUUCUGCAGCCAAUUCAAUGGCGUCCUCUACUACUGUGCCUCUAGGAUUUCACUAUGAAACAAAGUAUGUUGUCCUCAGCUACUUUGGACUCCUUUCUCAGGAGAAGUUGCAAGAGCAUCUUUCCUCACCCCAAGGGGUUCAUCUAGAUGUAGUUUCACAAUCUCUGGAUCAAGAAAUUUUAUUGAAAGUUAAAACUGAAAUUGAAGAAGAGCUAAAAUCCCUGGACAAAGAAAUUUCUGAAGCCUUUACCAGCACAGGCUUUGACCGUCACACUUCUCCAGUGUUCAGCCCUGCUAACCCAGAAAGCUCAAUAGAAGACUGCUUGGCCCAUCUUGGAGAAAAAGUGUCUCAGGAACUUAAAGAGCCUCUACAUAAAGCAUUGCAAAUGCUCCUCAGCCAGCCAGUGACAUAUCAGACAUUUCGGGAAUGUACCUUGGAAACCACAGUUCAUGCCAGCGGCUGGAAUAAGAUUUUGGUGCCUCUGGUUUUGCUACAACGAAUGCUUUUGGAGCUGACGAGACGAGGUCAAGAGCCUUUGAGUGCACUGCUGCAGUUUGGUGUGACAUAUCUGGAGGACUACUCAGCAGAAUACAUCAUUCAGCAAGGUGGCUGGGGCGCUGUGUUUAACCUUGACUCAGAGGAGGAGGAGUGCCCUGGAGUCACUGCAGAAGACAGCAAUGACAUUUACAUCCUGCCCAGUGACAACUCUGUACAAGUCAGUCCUCCAGAGUCUCCAACUGUGACCACCUCCUGGCAGUCAGAGAGCUUACCUGUCUCACUGUCAGCCAGCCAGAGUUGGCACACAGAAAGCUUGCCAGUGUCUCUAGGUCCCGAAUCCUGGCAACAGAUCGCAAUGGAUCCUGAGGAAGUCAAAAGCUUGGAUAGCAACGGAGCUGGAGAGAAGAGUGAGAACAACUCUUCGAACUCUGACAUAGUGCAUGUGGAGAAAGAAGAAGUCCCCGAGGGCGCGUUAGAGGCUGCUGCGGCUGCCGGGGUCCUGCCUGCCGGGGAGCUGCAGGAGGCCUUCCCUGGAGCCCCAGCACCCUUGCUUCCACACAUCACUGCCACGUCCUUGCUGGAGGCAGGGGAGCCCCACGCGGAGGUGAUUGCAGCCGAGAAAGCCAGCCCUGCUACGUCUUUGUUUGUGGAACUUGAUGAAGAAGAGGUGAAAGCAGCCACACUUGAAGCUGGUGAAGUGGAGGAGGAGGAGAUCCCCGCGCUGGAACCCCCGGAAACACUGCCGGGCGAGGAGCCAGAUGUAGAGAGAGAGCGUCUUUACCCGGAAACACUGCCGGGCGAGGAGCCAGAUGUAGAGAGAGAGCGUCUUACGGAAGAGUCCUCCCCCGCUGGAAGAGCGAAGCCCUUGCCCUUGUCUGAGGGCAAGUCUAUACUGCUGUUCGGAGGGGCUGCCGCCGUUGCCCUCCUGGCCGUGGCAGUCGGGGUGGCCCUGGCUCUGAGAAAGAAAUAGAUUUUUCAGAAGAGGAAGAAGACGAAAGGAUCUAAGGUUUUGUUUGUACUGGCUGGCAUCUGAACCCCUAGCAGCUGUUUGGACAUUUGUGGAAAAUUCUGGGAUAACUGAGGGCUUCCGCUCAACAAGGUUUGAUCCACACAGUAGGGCUUGAGGUAGAAGGUGUUCACAGUUAUUGGAGUGUAGAUUCCAGGGGCUGUGGCUCACACUAGAUUCAAAAUCUUAUGAGUAAAGUCCUUCCCCAGAACAGGGUUUCUCAGCCUUACAUUAGUGACAUUAGGAGGCUGUCCUGUGUAUCGUAGGAUGUUUAGCAAUAUCCCUGGCUUCUACCCACCCCACUCCCAGUGAUGACAACCAAAAAUGUCUCCAGACAUUGCCAAAUGUCCCCUGCAAUAAAACAUGCCCUGUUGAAGGCCAGUGCUUUUGAGGGGGAGGGUUAAUUUAGGAAAAUUUGGGAUAGAAACUCCCAGGCAUGGGGGCCUAGCUGUGGGCCUUGUUGGCUCUUCACCCCUUGAAAGUCAUCUUCCUGUUGAACAGACUGUGUGCUGCAGCCACCCCCAUCCUGGAGUGUGAGAGUGCUUGCCCUGCACGCCACAGCUGCCUCUCAGGGACUGCACUGUCCUCCUCCCCCCAGGUUCCUGCUGAGAUUCCCCAGGAGAGGGCUCACUCUGUACUUGUGCUCCAACCCGUCAAGUCCCUGAAGCUCCCUACAGCUCCUCCUUGUAAAGAUGCUGCCUUUAGGAAUCUCUAAAAAAUAAAUACAGAAGACACCUAGGGUCCCCUCCCUGUGAGUGCAAUUGCAAGUAACUGGCCAGAGAGAGGCAUUUGUCUCGUUUAGAGGCAGGAGAAUGGCCUAGAUGGCCUACUGAGGUCUCUUCCAGCCCCUUCUUUCAGCAGUCACCCCCUUAGCUGUGGCUGCUUUUUGGCAACAUCUCUGUUGUUGGAUGGUCACUAUGACCCUUGACGAGUGUAGUUUUUCCAGUAUCUGACCUCAGUCUCAACUGCUGACCAUUUCUGUGGGUCUCUUGGCCAUGAUGUAAGGCUUUUCAUACUUGGACUUACAGAACCAUUUGGAUCAUAACUCCUAUUAAAUGUAGAAUGCAUCCUAUAUAUCGUUGAAAUAAAAAAUGGGGGGAAAAAGAAGCUUGAAUUUCAGGCCAGGUCACAGUGGCUCAUGCCUGUAAUCCUAGCACUCUGGGAGGCUAAGGAGGAUGGAUUGCUUGAGCUCAGCAGUUGGAGAUCAGCCUGAGCAAGAGCAGGACCCCAUCUCUACUGGGGGGCGGUGGAGGGGGUGGGGACGGGACAGAAAAAACUAGACAGGCAUUGUGGUGGGUGCCUGUAGUCCCAGCUAGCCUAAGGGUUUGAGGUUAUUGUGAGCUAUGAUGCCAUGGCACUCUAUGCAGGGUGACAGAGUAAGACUCUUGUCUCAAAAAAAAGAACCUUGAAUUUCAAGACUGAGGUUACCCUUGAAAUUCUAGUUUGGCUUUCAGAGUUCAAGAAUCAAGGUGUCUUUACCUAAACUUCAGAUGCCUGAGUGAUAAAUCUGAAUGAGCCUAAUCAGUGUCUGCUAGCUGAGGAUCAGCAUUAUUUUCUUUCAUAUGGCUGGUCGCACUUCUAAAGGAGGGAUGGGACUCCCAUCCCUUCCAUGCCUGAGGGUCACAGUGUCACUGUGCAGGGUAUAAAUGCUUGAUAAAAGUCAUCUCAGAUUUAUCUUAGGAAAUGUAACAAAUGACUUUUUUAGAUCCUGAAAUUUAUAAUAAAAAUACUUUACCAACUCUGAUCACUAAAACCUAAUGUUUUAAAUGUGCUUCUUUUUGAAAUUUAUUUUUUAAAAUAAAAUCUUCUCCCUAGGGCGGCGCCUGUGGCUCAGUCGGUAAGGCGCCGGCCCCACAUACCGAGGGUGGCGGGUUCAAACCCGGCCCCGGCUGAACUGCAACGAAAAAUAGCUGGGCAUGGUGGCGGGCUCCUGUCGUCCCAGCUACUCGGGAGGCUGAGGCAAGAGAAUCGCUUAAGCCUAGGAGUUGGAAGUUGCUGUGAGCUGUGUGAUGCCAUGGCACUCUACCCGAAGGGCGUAAAGUGACACUCUGUCUCUACAAAAAAAACAAAAAAAAACAAAAAAAAAAACAAAAAUCUUCUCCCUAAAGCAGUAUUACUUUAAAGUUGGUCAAGAAAAGGUCUGAGAGUGUUUGUGUGUCUUUUCAGCUUUAUUGUGCCACAAAUCUUUACGUUCUGAGUCUUAGUGUCCCAUUUAGGGAGUGGUGUUUUUAAGGGUUUGGGUGACCUUGAUUAAUGCAGCUGGAGGUGAGGAGGCAAAAGUGAAGGGAGUUUGUUUUUACAUGGUCUCUGGCAGUUGCAUCGAAUCUGUUCAAACUGAUGUGUUGCAUAGAUUAAGAGCAAACUGGUGAGCUAAUCUCGAAUUUUUGUCAUUUAUAAUCAAUUUUCCUUCCAGUGUUAACACUUUUAAACUUUAAAUCCUCACUUCUAUUGGCGGGGGACAUUUAAGCACUAAUAAAGCCAGGUUCACUUCUGAGCUGCUAGAGGAUCUGUGGCUUAGGUAGUGAGGUCUGCUCCCCACAAGAGUGGGAGGAGGAGAAGUGUGACACUGAGGCAGUGAUUGCUGCUUUAUUUACCCACCUAUUGGGCAUUAACCCAAAGCGAUUUGGCUAAUUGUAUUUUGCCCAGUGAUGGAAAACAGCUCUUCUUGUCUAUUGGCUUUCUCUAGAGCAGUGUUUUUCAAGAUUUUUUUGUAGCACAGCACACUUGAACCUGUAGUUAAACUUCUGUGGCACACUUAAAUUAUGUCAAUCAAAUAGAAUUAAAGAAUAUAUUUACUG